AUGAUCAUCACCACAAUCCUUGCCAAAGAAAGAGGAGCAGCACCCGCUGAAGACUCCCUCUGCCCAACCCCCACAGCUAAACACUUUGAUGUCCCAAUCGUUCCACGUGUCCCACUCCACGUCGGCCAGAUGGUGCACAUCCUCUCCCUCUUCCCCUGCAAUGGCCUCUUUCCAGGAAAGGGAGAAAAGCCGCCGAGAUACACUGCAUUUGACUCUGGCGUCUGGGGGAAGGUGGUCGAGAUCAAGUCGAUGGAUAGGAACAUCACCGAGUUCGUGGUGAGAAAUGAGGCGAAGUGGGCGAAGGAGGCAUACGCAUACCUGGCGAUCAAGCACAUAGAAGGAACCACAGUCAGCCUGGGGAAGUGGAGGACCCUACUCCGUUCCACGAUCCAGCGACCGGCCCCUGCAACUAGGGACAUACCCCUCGAAAUGGACGCAAUUGUCUACAGGGACAGACCGGUGUCCCAGGACGAUGAAGAAGAAGAUAUCGGCACACUAGGGCCGGGGAGGGAAAGGAGCGAGGGAGCGGAGUAG